UUAUUACCAUCCAGUUGUGAAAUUAUCGUCUUGUGCUGCUCACAGAAUACUAAACCGAAACGAGCUGUCUUCUAUUAGUUAUCUAUAUAUUUGUUAAUUUGUUCUUCGGAGCGCGUGAAUGUGAGGACUUUUCACAAAACCGGUGUCGUGAAGAAUCGAACACAGACGUGAAAUGUCUUGUAUUGCCAAUACAUUUAGUUCGUACUCGAUGACGCAGCUUAACGAAUUACUUGAAGAUGAUAACAAACUCAACAAAAUUGUCCAAGAAAUGGAAGAGAUGAAGGAGGUUCAGCAGACCAAGGAGAUGACCCUGGCCAGUAACCGGAGCUUGGCCGAGCAGAAUCUUCAACUGGAGCCCAGGCUGGAGAACCAGAAGAGCCUGCUCACCAAGCGCUACAUCUCCCUACAAGAGAGCUUUGAGGCCUACCAUGUCCACAAGUCUGAACUAGACCACAGCCCUGGAAACAGUUCGUUGGAUACAUUGCUUGCUCUACUGCAGGCAGAAGGAGCUAAGAUUGAAGAGGAGACUGAGAACAUGGCUGAUUCCUUCCUGGAUGGCGACGUUACCCUAGAUAUCUUCAUUGACUUGUACCAGAGCAAGAGGAAGCUGGCCCACCUAAGGAGGGUGAAGAUUGACAAGUUGCAGGAGAUCUUGCUGAAGGGCCCUCCGCUGCCUCAGGUGCCUGUCUCCUGCUCCCAGCCGGAGGUGCUGUCUGCCAGGCCGUCCCCCUUCUAUACAGAAGCCAACAGCCACAAUGAUCAGAACCACUCCCCCGUGCCCCAGCCCAGGAGAGCCCCACCUCCCCCUCCAACCCAAAAACCCCCGUCUGUAGUCCCUCAGCCAAAGCCGGAAGUCUUUUCCUAUCCUGCCACCCUAUACCCUCCUAUACCCCCCAGGAUGGGGGCUCCUUUGGCCAGCAUCAGCCCUGGGUACCCGCAUGUCUUCAUGUCUCCGUAUCCCCCUGCUCUGCCUCAGAGGCCCGCCCCUCGCGUGGCCCCGCCGUCUGGCUUCAUGAUUCAGUAAUAGAGGAUCACAGUGAAGGUGCAGUACAGUACUUACAGUGGACUUGCACUGCAGCCUUGCUGGAACCUAUCAGCCGUUAGCCUUUGUGAAUAUGGCACAGCGUAACACAAAUGGGGUGGGACUGACUAUAAUUAAAGGCUAGUCUAGGAAUGGUCAACACUGAGAUACAAUGUGCACUCUUCUCACCAGAGUCAACACUCCAUUGCUCCAAUGCCACAGAAAGGAAUUGAUUGACCUGUGCUUGCAAUUGCAAAGCUAAAUCCAUCAAGAACAGGGCUUUAGUCUACAGUGAAAUACAUGCAUGAUUCACUGGCCUCAGUAGCCUGGACUUGCACCCCUAGUUUGAGGCCUGUGUUAUUAUCACUUUGUCCCAGUCAGACAGACAGAAUGUCCGUGGCCCUCAGGUGUGUCUUCCUCCUUGUACCCCUGUCACAGUGCUGGUGCCUCCUCAUUCAUCUAUGUUGUGAAAUGGAAGGGGGGAGCCAGUCAUGUUGUGUUACGGGACACUUCACGGAAGAAAAUGUCAAAUCAUAUGCAAAACCAACCCUGCUCUGCUGGUUUUUGAAACCAUAUUUCCCAGGUAUAUCUCCACAAUCUAUCUAUAGUAUACAGACAUUUACUGGUACUUAGAAAUGUUGUGGCCCUUUGAAUGAAUACACAACAUUUAUUGUAAUAUUGCCUUACAGGAUGCUGGAUGCUUAAUUUCUGUUGCCAGGAAAUUCUAGAAAGACAUUUCAGAAAAAUGUUUUUCAAAAGAUCAAGCAUAGAGGUUUGUUAAGAGUGUGUGGAUCAUCUCAUGGCUGAUAGGGAGGGCAGUCGAAUUUAUCUUUGUUGCUCAGAGCAAAUAUAUGGACACACCCUGAAUAUUGGUUGCGUAGUGUUUUUGGCUCAAACACUAAAAUGUUGGCAUCUUGGUCUUGUAUACAAAGGGUCUCUCCAUAGCAAUAUAUAAUAUUAUUUCCCAUAAAUGUGCUGUUUCAGUGAAUCAUCUACUGUUCAUACUACAUGCCUAACUGUGGGACAUAUGUGUCUUUCCCUGCAUUACUUAAUUAUUUCAUUUAAGUACCUUCUCUCUUGGUUUCUCUUGAAUGUUUAUAUAUGUUUUUUAAGUCAUUACUGUUGAAACUAGAUUAGCCAAGUUCAUGUACAUUUAUUAAUGAUAACAUAUACAGUUCAUAACUUAAAACAAAUGUAAAAAUCCAAGGGGGGUGAAUACUUGCAGUCCACUGAAAUUAAGACCAUCUUCCACUGUUUUGUGAACUGUAAUACCCUCUGUUUUAACUCUAGGGUAUUAUCACACUGAAUGAACACCAAAGAUGACGUUCUGUUAAUCUCCUCUUGUUCUAGUUACAUUUCCUGUCAUCAUACAUUCCUGCAUUAUUUCAGUUUCAUAGCAAUUUUUAAUGGCAGUGGUUUUAGGUGCAAAUAAAAAACAUAGGAUCAAACAAUACAGUACCAAUCUAAAAUGUAUUUUGCACCAUUUUUACAAUGUCAGCCUACUCCUAAAGGAGUCCAAUGUGCAGGGUUACCUGAUCCUACAUCCUGCAGUGUGGUAAAGCCACUGAGUGCCUAUGGAGGAACACAUUGCUGACUGCUCUACACCUGUAAUCUGUGUACACAGGCCAGGCUUGGCCUACUUUUCCUGGCUGUGCCCCGUUUAGUUUCCCUUUACGGAUGCAAAUGAUAUCGUGCUGAUGCAUGUCUGGGGGCGGGAAAAGUUGGGAGUCCAUCUAGCUGCCUGUCAGGCCUGGACUCUACCUGGUGCUAUGGGGCUGGGCUGCCGUUGCAGUUUGUUUCUAAACAACAUGAUAUACACUUGGGGUCUGUGUCUAAUGCUUGCUGUUCUCCUAGAAAUUCUUUAUAACAUCAGAACCUUCGUUUGCCUGCUCUCAGGUGGGUGACCACUGUCUUUGUUUCUUAUGCACAUGCCAUCAAGACAACAGGGCUCCUAGAUUUUUAAAUGUAAAAUAGUUUACACAGACUUUUUUUUAAAUAGAAAUCAGAGUAACAAAAGCCAUGUCCCUAUUUCUUUACCAAUUGUUUUAAUAUACCAGCAUUUCGAAGCUAAAAGAUGCACUCCAGGAUCUUAAGUGGAACACUUUUUGAACAUAUUGUACAAAUUGAAUUCUUAACAUAUCACAGAAAUUGCAUCAGUACUUUUUUGCAAGUUGUAACAUAUAAGCAAUUGGUGACAUAGUAUACUAUUAGAUUACCUGGUACAAAACAUAAACAUAUUUUGGGGUGAACACUGCUUUUUCAAAGCUUCUGGCUGAAUUCUGGACUGCACCUUUAAAUUAAAUUAAUAAUAAACUAUUGUUUGUGUGA